AUGGUUUCUUUAGACCAUUUGUCGGAAAUUUAUACCUUUUGGCGGGUGACUAUAAUAUCAACUUUUCACAUCUCAAGACGCUUAGUAUUAAUGAUUUUUGUUUCUUGUAUGAAUGUGACGUUUGCUGAAAAAUGCAAAAUACCACAAUUGAGGAAACUUGAUAUAUGCGAUAGUGAAGAUGUCAAUUUUAAUUGCAAAAUAAACAAUUUAGAAACACUUUUUAUUCACCAAGUUUACAAUAUUAAGUUCACCAAGAAUUUUGUCAAUUUAAAACGACUCACUGUGAUCAACUCAAACUGUGUGCAAUUUCCACAAUUUACUUUUGAAGACAAAGUAGUGCACAUCAGUCGAACACAUGGUGUCACUUUUGGUGGAAUUUACUUGUCAGCUCUCUGUAAUAAUUAUUUUGGUUUUGAUUAUGUAGAUUUUGAUACAUUUGAAUAUCCAAUUACAGCACAUGUUGAUGAUAUAUGGGUUAUGUCAAAAUUUGUUUCGAUGAGUCGGCGUAUUGAUGUGUGUGGUGCUUCAAUUCAACGUGAUAUCAACGUUGCAGAGGACGAAUAUGAUAUGGCAGUUUCAUUUGAUUUUUUCAACAAAAAGAACGUUGAAAAGAAAAUGAAAUUCAUUGAUAAAAACAAUGAAGAAAAGACAAUAGAGAACGUCCGCUAUUUUGAAGUUGAAGUGACUGGAUAUAGUCUUGUUAGUAUUGGUCUGAUAGGUACUAAUAAUAUGAUAUAUAACGAUGUUCAAGUUGGGUGGUGUAAAUACACGAUUGGAUAUCACAGUGAUGAUGGGAUGAUUUAUCAUGGAUAUCCAAAUAACACGUGUUUCAACACAAAAACUUACUAUGGAAAGUCGGUUGAUGUGGUAUAUGUUGUUGGUGUUGGUAUUAAGAAACUUGUGAAUGAAAAUAAAUUUGUUUUCUUCUUAACUUUAAACGGGAAAAUAGUUUUUAAAACGGGUUUUCGCUCAUGUGACGUCGAAGCUGCAAUUGGGAUGGGGGAGUUCAACAAAAUUGUUGUCAAUUAUGGAAAUUCAAAAUUUCAAUUCGAUUUAAAUUCGUUAUCAAAAAAUGAAUUAUUACAGAUACAGGAAAACCAGGGAUCAAAUCAAAAAUUCAUAAAAAAUGAAUUUAACGAUUUAAUUGAAUGGUUGAAGUUGAACAAGGUUGAACAAAAAAACAAUAUUUUAUAA